AUGCUGCUUCGCGACAACUGCGCGCAGAGCGAAAGUGAUGAAGCACCGGUCUGCCUGCCUUCUGUGCUCGAGUACCUGGCUGCCGAGUUGGUGGAUGUGGCGGGUGGCGAAGCUGUCGACAGUGAGAGGGUGUAUCUUCCCCAUCACCUGCAUUUGGUCAUUUGCAAAGGCGAGGAGCUGAACCGGUUGGCAGCGAAUAUGACCACGCCACCACUUAGCGUGGCUGAAUAA